CAAGAUUUCACUUAACUAGUUUGACACAUCGACCCACAUGAAAUGAAAAAGUUGUUAAAUGUAAUAUAAAGUUUUAUUUAUUUUAAUAUUAUUUAUAAAGUUGUUACAUUUAGAAUACGUUGUACGAGAUUAAUAUUUUUUUAUUCUAAUCGGGAAGAAUAAUAUAUUGUUUUAGGUUAUGUUUUCGUUUAGCAGCUGAUAAUCAUAUUCUGAAGGACAUUUACCAUCCUGACUAUAUAGUAUUUUAAAAAGAAGCAACAUGUCAGAGCAGUCUGUUGAAAAUAUAGAUGGAUCUGCAAGCAAUUCAAGUGAGCAUGCAACUCAUGGACAAAAAAGUACUACAAAUCAAACAAAGUCAGAGACGAAUGCUUCCCCAUUAAACAACCUUCAGAGAAUCCAACAGAAGAAGCAAGCAGUAGUUUCUUUGCCUUACAAUAAGAAAUUAUUAAAGUUGGCUGUGUAUUCUAAAUGUCAGGCAGAAAAAUGUGAUUGUAUAGGAUGGAAGAGAGUUGAAAGUAAUCAACAAAAUCCCACUUUUACAGAUCCCUGUAGAUGUGAGCACCUACUAGAAAUGCACAUUUCCCAUUUAGUUGAUAAACCAGAGCAAGAAUUAAAUAGACUUCUGAGUAUGGCUGUGGACAUGGACAAUAUGUACACAGCCAUGAGCACAGAAAAAAAUCCAGAAACUAACAAAGUAUAUUUAUAUUUAUUUAGGCUUUUACGAAAAUGUGUAUUAACCUUAGACAAGCCCGUUGUAGAGGGACCUUUGGGCCAACCGCCUUUCCAAAAACCUAGCAUUCACAAAGCAGUAACAAAUUUAUUGAUAUAUAAGUUUUCACAUAUUGGUCAGCAGGAAUUAAAGACGAUGUACGAAUUGGUAAAAAUUCUGUUUCACUGCUUAAAUACUUGGGAUUUUCCUAGUCCAAGCAGCCAGAAGCAUAUUGUUAAUCAGGAAGAAGCUAUGAAGUACAAAAUAGAAUAUACAAGGUGGUUAGUUUUUUGUUAUGUUCCCACCUUCUGUGAUUCGUUACAACAUUUUGAUACUACAAUGGUAUUUGGAAGAACAUUAUUGCGAGCAGUGUUCAAAUACAUACGCAAACAAAUAAUGGACCAGUUUUACAAGGAAAGAGACACAAUGCCUCCUGAAAGGAGGCAACUUUUACUCACUAACUUUCCUCCUUUUUUAAACCAAUUAGAUGAAGAGAUCUAUGCAGCACAUUCGCCUAUCUGGGAUCCAGAAUUUAAAUCUACUUCUGUGCAUUUUCAGUCACUUCUUGACUCUAGAUUAAAAGCUGGCCCUAGUAGUUCUAAAAAAGGAGAAUUUGAAAAGGUCUCCUUGGGAAAAUCGGAUAGAGAAGGUUUUACGACAAUACCACUCGCACCUGGAAAAUCGAUUAGAGCUACAGAGAUGCCAAGUAGAGAAGUUAAGAGAAGAAAAAUCGCUCAAGAUGAAAAAUUCGAAGAUAUGCCUAAAGAAACCGUUGCACAAAUAGUUGCCACCAUAGAUGAUCCUAAUUAUAUGACCGGCCCAGAUAUGGUUUUCUCUGAAAAUGCUCCCGCAACCGACGAAGCUCCUAAACUAGAAGAACAAAGAAAUAUUAUUCAGUUGCAUGUGGUGGGCAAUAGCCUUACUACGCCAGUUUCAAAGCAAACAAUGUUAUGGUUAAUAGGUUUACAAAAUGUAUUUUCUCACCAACUACCUCGGAUGCCUAUUGAGUAUAUUACGCAACUCUUAUUUGACCCAAAACAUCGAACUAUAGCUUUAGUCAAAGAAAAUCGGCCUAUCGGAGGAAUUUGUUUUCGGCCGUUUCAAACGCAAGGAUUUACAGAAAUAGUUUUUUGUGCUGUUACUUCAAGAGAACAAAUUAAAGGCUACGGUACUCAUUUGAUGAACCAUUUAAAAGAUUAUCACAUCUCUAAAGGAAUUCUACAUUUCUUGACGUUUGCUGACCAGAAUGCCAUUGGAUAUUUUGAAAGACAAGGUUUUUCAAAGGAUAUAAAGAUGAACAGAGCCGCUUACCAAGGAUACAUUAAAGAUUACGAAGGUGCUACACUCAUGCAUUGCGAACUCAAUCCUAAAAUAGUUUACACUGAGUUUACGAGUAUGGUGAGGAAACAAAAGAAAUUUGUAAAACAAUUGAUCUAUCAACAGCAAAAAACUGUAUCGAAGGUGCAUCCAGGAGUAACAUUUUUCAAAGAAGGUGUUAGGAGUAUUCCAAUAGAGUCUAUUCCAGGAAUAGAAGAAACUGGGUGGAAACCGGCAUCUAGAACCACCAGAGGCCAGUUGCUUGAAGAAACACAGGAUGCAGACACUUUAGCAGGUCAUCUUAAAAGCGUAUUAAGUGCUGUUAAGAUACACGAAGAUUCCUGGCCUUUUAGACAACCAGUUGAUAGACACGUUGUACCGGAUUAUUAUGAUCAUAUUAAAUAUCCAAUGGAUUUGAAAACCAUGGCGGAACGAUUGAAAUCAAGGUACUACGUGUCUAGGCGACUAUUUGUAGCUGAUAUGAUGAGAAUAUUCACUAACUGCAAGUUUUACAAUUCCCCAGAAACAGAGUACUACCAAUGUGCCGAGCAUCUCCAGCAGUAUUUUCAAACCAAAAUGAAGGAAAUUGGUUUAUGGGAUAAAUAAAUACUUUUCAAAUUUA